AUGCCGAGGGCCGCCGCCCUGCUGCUCGCUGCCCUGCUGCUGGCCGCUGCCCUGCCCGCCACCCGGGGGCUCAGGGCUCCGCGCAAGGCCAAGCGAGGCUGGACCCUCAACAGCGCCGGCUACCUCCUGGGUCCAAACGCCAUCGAAAACCACAGGUCGUUCCCCGAUCAGAGCAGCAUCGCGGGCAAGCGGGAACUGCAGCUGGAGGAUGACGGGAGGCCUGGGAGCCUCCACAGGCCGCGGGCCGAGAGCGAUGUCGUGCGCACCGUCCUCGAGCUGCUGGACGUCUUGCGCCUCAGAGAUGCCCGCAUCCCGGGGAGCCCACCCGAUGUCCCCUCGGCAGUUCCCGAUGACAAGGCACUGGCCUGAGGACGCUCAGG